AAAAAUGAACCCACUAUAUGAAAGGUGAAUAUUUAUGAAUUCGUGUCAUUGAGCGAACAUUCAAUAGUUCGAGUUUACUUGAAUUUACUUUGUUGUUUUUAUAUCUUGAGUGUGAAAAAUUUUGAUUAUUUUUCAGCUUUGGUUCGGUUUUUUUUAGCUGCUAUUGGAAGAAAUGUUUUACUUACGAAAUUCAAGCUCUCGAUUGAUUGCCAUAAUACGAUCGGCAUCAUCAAUGAAAUGUUCGAUUAAUCAAUAUUCGAUCAUUAGCCAUAAGAUAAUUUUACCAUCCACAUCAAUUCGAAAUACAUUUAUUGGCCAAAAUUGUCGAUCAUUUUCCGAUGGUUCAGAUUCGGAGACAAUGAAAUUAUUUGAAAAAGCUAAACCAUUGAUAUCAGAUCAAUUGAAAAAUGAAAUCAAUGCAACAAUGGUGUUCUGUAUAUCUGGUAAAAAUUUUCUAUUCGAUUCACAUUCAUCACGGCCAUUGAAAAUCGAACCAAUUGAUGAAGCACCGAAAGAUGUUGAUGUAACAAUGAUUACUGAUGAAAAGACAUUUAUGAAAUUGGCUAAAGGUGAAAUGAAAGCAGCAAAUGCAUUUAUGGCCGGUAAAUUAAAAAUCAAAGGCAACGUACAGGUUGCAAUGAAAGCGGAAAAAAUGUUCAAAGCAUUACAGAAAUGAUUAUCGAUUCGAUUGAUUUUAUAAUGAUAAUUUGUUCAAUUUGUAGAAAAACAACAAAACACCACUAGCCCCAAUAAUGGCAAUUCAAUAUUGUGUUAUUAUCAUCCACUAAUUUUAAUAUUAAUAAAAUAUAUAAAUUCUUUGUUUCA